GUAGAUCAUCAUCUACGACACCACUACUAACGGUUUUCACAUUCGUGCUGAAAUUUUAAAGCUACGCCUAAGCAGAUAUUGCUCUGAAUUGCAAUAUGGAAUUCGAUAGUCAAGUUCGAUUAGGAAGAGGUGACUUCGGUUCAGUGUUUUCAGGAACGUUUGAAGGUCGUGAAGUGGCAAUCAGAAGAAUCGAGCUGAUUGACGCCAGUGAUAAUGAGGAAGACGCUCUGAAACAGUUAGAUCACCCCAACAUCAUCAAACUCUUCCACGUAGAGUGUAACAAAGAUUUCAAGUUCAUUGCUUUAGAAUUCUGCGAAGCAUCAUUAGAUAAGAUAUUUCUAGAUUUUAAUCAUCCUCGAAAAUAUAUUGGCCCUAAAUUGCCAUACCAUUUUGAAGUUUUCUCACAACUGGCUUCCGGUCUAGAGUACAUACAUUCCAAGAAUUUAAUUCAUCGAGAUAUAAAGCCGGAACAUGUGCUCAUCUCAGUCGAUACCAAUAGGCCAGACAUUAAGGUAACAAUGAAAUGGGCUGGUUUUGGUCGGUCCAGGACAAUAGGCUGCACGAAGCAUAGUGGAGUAAAAGGAACGAAAUGUUGGUACGCACCCGAAUUGUUGCAAACGCAACUACUUUUCGGUUCAUCGAACACGAUUGGGCAGAAUACAGGAACCGUCGAAAGCGACGUAUUUGCUCUGGGCCUCGUCUUCGCUUAUCUUCUCUUAGACGGACAGCACAUUUACGGUUUUUUUGAGAUUGACAUUCCUAAAAACAUUUCGGAGGGCCGAGCGAUCAACAUGAAUAAAAUAGAACGAUCGCACUACGCAUAUGAUCUUGUUACCGAAAUGUUGAAAAACAAACCUGAUGAUCGUAUUUCUUCAUUAACCAUCGUUGAACGGCUAAAAGCAAUACAAGUUGAGCUUACAGAAAAAGAAAAGGAAAUGUUUACAUUAUGUAAAAUGAGGGAAACUGAAACCGUAUUAUCCUUAUUUUUCCCUUGGACUCAUCCAAACGAAAAGAUAAAAACCUUGAUCCGACGGGGAGUUGACGUCAACGCGAAAGAUAGCGAAGGAAGCAAUGCACUUCAUUUAUUGUGUCAAUAUAAUUCAAGCGAAAGAUUAUUCGACGCAAUCAAGCUAUUAAUCCAACUCAGGAUCGAUGUAAAUGAGAAAGACAAAGACGGAAGCAAUGCACUUCAUCUAUUGUGUCAAUAUAACUCAAGCGAAAGAUUAAUCGACGCAAUGACAUUAUUAAUCGACAGCGGGAUCGAAGUCGAUGAGAAAGUCAAAGACGGAGACAACGCCCUCCAUAUGUUGUGUAGGUACAAUUCAAGCGUAAGAAUAAUGGACGCAAUCAAAUUAUUAAUCCAACGGAUCAAUGUCAAUGAGAAAAACCACAACGGAAUCAACGCACUCCAUUUCUUAUGUGCUAAUAAUUCAAAUGUAAGAUUAAUCGACGCAAUGACAUUAUUAAUCCAAUUCGGGAUCGACGUCAAUGAGAAAAACAACAACGGAGACAACGCACUUCACAUGUUGUGUUAUAAUAAUUCAAGCGACAGAUUAAUCGACGCAAUCAAACUAUUAAUCCAACAUAUAACCGACGUUAAUGAGAAGGACGAGAACGGAAGCAACGCACUCCAUUUGUUAUGUUUCAAUAAUUCAAGCAGCAAAUUAAUCGAAGCAAUCAAUUUAUUAAUCGAAAAGAAGAUCGACGUUCAUGGGAAAACCAACUACGGAAGCAACGCACUCCAUUUGUUGUGUCGUAAUAAUACAAGCGAAAGGUUAAUCGACGCAAUCGAAUUAUUAAUCGACUUCGGAAUCGAAGUCAAUGGGGAAGUCAUAGACGGAGACAACGCCCUCCAUUUGUUGUGUAGGUACAAUUCAAGUGUAAGAUUAGUGGACGCAAUCAAAUUAUUGAUAAGACUUAAGAUCGACGUCAACGGGAAAAACAAAGACGGAGACACCGCCCUCCAUUUGUUGUGUAGGUACAAUCCAAGCGAAAGAUUAAGAGACGCAAUCGAAUUAUUAAUUAAAUUUAAGAUCGACGUCAAUAUGAAAAACGUGAUUCCAGCGAAAGAAUAGAUGAUGCAAUCAAAUUAUUGGAGAUUCAUAUCAAUGAUUCCAACGUGCAAUCUUUUGUACAGUAAAAUAGUUUCAAAAUAUGUUUUGAUUAAAUUAUUAUAAAAUUCUUCGAUUUAGCAUUUUUUACCUGAAUUCAUUGAUAUUAUGUGUACCAGAUAUCGUCAUUUAUGCAUCGUGUACGCAUCUUAGUUUUAUUUUAAUUUAAAAAGAAGUUAAGGCCUUACUUUAAGAUGUUGACUAUAAAAGGAUAGUGAGCGUGAGCG